AUGACGCCUGAGGAAGACCCAGUCACCGACAUCGAGGCAGAGCUGCUGUGGGAGAACCAGCCUCAUCCUCCACGAGGCGACGUCCCAAACCGCCGGCCCUACCUGGACUACGGAGAGGGGGAACCACAGGACCAGGCGGCCCCCAGCUACAGCCACAUCCACUACCACAGCAGGCAGCUACCAGGGAGGAGCACUGGAAGCACUGGAAGCACUGGGAGCACUGGGCACAGGGUCAGACUCACAGGACCAAAAGUCCAUCUGUCAGGAGAGAGGACGCCUGAGGAGAAGGUCUGGACGUUCCACAGUCUGACUCCUCUCCGGGUGGAGGAGCUGAAGCCAGAGCCGGGUGAUGUCGGGUGGAGCUGGUCAGGUGGAGCUCACAGUCAUCACCUGCAGGAGCUUGGAGUUGGAGACGCUCCUCAAAACGAUCAUCCAUCUCCCAGACAGCAGCCAGAACUGCGCCAGCGCAAGACGGGGAAGUCAGUCAGCAGCUCCUGUCCUGAUGGUUCGACUCACUACAGGAGACGCUGUUACAUCCUCAGCUCGUCUGUGGCCAGCUGGGCCAGCGCUGAGCAAACCUGCUCACAGCUGUUUAACAGCAGUCUGACCAGCGUGCGGUCCAGAAGAGAUAUGACAUGGUUGUGGAAGUUUGCAGGCAGGAAGCCAUUUUGGAUUGGUAUGUCUGGGGGUCCGGGCCGCUGGAUGUGGGCUGACGGUCGCUCGGUGUCUUUCUCUAGACUGAGGGGGGCUUUGCCGGGCCGCAGUGAGGCCAACGUCGGCUCCGACUGUGUGCUGGUUGAAAACCCCACAAGCUGGAUUUCCACAAGUUGCUCUGCCGAAACCCAACACACAUUCAUCUGUUCGUCGCCGGCUCACACUCACUGAGAGAUAUUUACUGCUAUCAGCCCCGUCAUAACGACCUGUGUGAACGCUGUGUUUAAGUCAUAUUUAAUGUUAUGCAAUGAUGCUGCUCUGUACAUUAGUUUUCAUAUUUUUGUCAUAAUAAAGAUUGCUGCACAAAUCGAAAUAUGAGUCUGUAAACCAGAAUGAAGAUCUGCAGUUUAAAACUUUAUAUUUCAGGUUUAAAUUCAGCUUUUUGCAUUAAACUGAUGUAAAUGUAUUUUCAUACUUAAACAUGUUUUUAUCUC